GGAAUCUACUUUUAUUCUAUGUAUUCCGUGAAGCAAGAAACCUUUUUGGAUGAUUUUGAGGAACCAAAGAAAAUCAGCCAGUAACUCAUUGUAAAUCCUGGUAGUGGUCGCUUGUGAAAUAUCUGUAGGGAAGUUCAUAAACUGAAAGAUGACUGCCGUGAUUUCAAGCUCCCUUCCUAAGACUGCUACGGAAUUGUAUCGUUUACCUCCACUACCGACCAUAAGAGAUUUAUUGAGACUGUAUCGUCUAAGAGCAAUAAGGCAACUGUCUCAGAAUUUUUUAAUGGACCAGCGAUUGACUGAUAAAAUUGUACGUGCCGCUGGAAGAAUAAAGAAUGGUCAUGUGUGUGAGAUUGGGCCAGGUCCUGGAGGAAUAACGCGAUCAAUUAUUAACAGAGGUCCUGAGAGGGUCGUGGUGAUUGAAAAAGACAGAAGAUUUGGUCCAUCACUAGAGCUGUUGGCUGAAGCAACCGGUGGAAGAGUGGAAAUAAUCUUUGGUGACAUUCUUAGCUUCAGAAUGGAUAAAUUGUUUCCAGAAGCAACCAAGGUGACGUGGGAAGAUUCACCACCCAAUAUUCAUUUAAUUGGAAACCUGCCUUUUAAUGUUUCAACACCUCUUAUUAUUAAAUGGCUGCAUGAUAUUUCUGUUAGGGGUAAUGCCUGGUCGUAUGGCCGCACAAGGAUGUUGUUGACAUUUCAAAAGGAGGUUGCAGAACGCAUAACUGCGCCAAUAAUGUCAUCGCAGAGAUGCCGACUCUCCAUAAUGUGUCAGAAUUGGUGUGAAGUUCAUCACAAGUUCAAUAUUCCCGGAAAAGCAUUUAUUCCAAAACCGGAUGUUGAUGUUGGUAUAGUUCAUUUUACACCUCUAGUGAGACCUGUAAUUCCGCUACCAUUUUCACUUGUGGAAAAAGUUGUGCGAACCAUCUUCAGUUACAGGCAGAAGUACAGUAUUAGGGGUGCAGAAUGCCUCUUUCCAGGCCCAGCACGAGAGAGGCUUGGAAAAGAGAUGUACAUGCUUGCAGAUGUAGAUCCCACCACACGACCAUUCCAACUUACCGUAGAAGAGUUUGGCAGACUCUGCACUGCUUACAAAUGUAUUUGUGAUAAAGAUCCACGACUUUACAAAUAUGAGUCGAGGGCCCAGAAAGACAAGCUUGCAGAAUUUGAGGAACUUUAUAGGUCAGAGGAAAUGAACUUAGAAUUUUCAGCUGAGUCACAGUGAAACUGUAGAUUGUUUUUCGUAAUAAAACUGAGGAAAAUGUGCCAAAA